AUGAUGAUAUUGGUAGCAAUUAUUUCAUAAGCAGCAGUUUAAAGAGAGGAGCUAAAGAAAAUACCAAUUCUAAAGAAAAUUUUAAUAUUAUCACAGUUGUUAUGAAUGCGAUUGAAAAUCUAUAUUCCUUGAUUGAUUAUGAUUGCCAUUAUUAUAAAAUAGAAUUUCUUGCAUUAAUUGAACAGCCUUUCAAGCUAUUACUUAGUAAUUAUAGUAACUACAAUGAUGUCUUUAUUGGUGAAAAAUAUUUGCAUCAAAUCACAAUCACACCUGAUACUGAUAUGUCUGAUAUAGAUUUAUAUAUAUUAUGUACUUUAAAAACAACAAUCUUUCCG